CUGCCUUCCUCGAUUUAUCUCUAGAGACUGCCUCUGGAUACCUCGUGUAUGACCUUGGAUCGGACCCUGGAAACCCUGACGUCUCAUCCUUAGGUACCACGUUACACGGACUAAUACUGCGCAUAUGAACUUUGGCCUGGUCACUGGCUGUGCCCUUGGUGUUUCCCUGCACAGGUAAUCCCGAGGACCUGUAGAAUAUGAGUGAUGACAAACCAUUUGUAUGCACUGCCCCUGGAUGCGGCCAGCGUUUUACUAAUGAAGAUCAUUUGGCCGUGCAUAAGCAUAAACAUGAGAUGACACUGAAAUUUGGCCCUGCCCGAAACGACAGUGUAAUUGUUGCAGAUCAGACCCCAACCCCGACUCGGUUCCUGAAGAACUGUGAAGAAGUUGGUCUGUUUAAUGAGCUCGCAAGUCCGUUUGAAAAUGAUUUUAAGAAGGCAUCGGAUGAUGACAUUAAGAAGAUGCCUUUGGAUCUUUCCCCUCUUGUAACACCUGUUAUAAGAAGCAAGAUUGAGGAACCAGUUAUUGUUGAAACCACACAUCAGGACAGUCCAUUACCUCAUCCAGAGUCUACGACAAGUGACGAAAAGGAAGUGCCAUUGCCAACCGCACAGCCCACAUCCACCAUAGUCCGGCCUCCAUCACUUCAAGUUCCUAACGUGCUGCUUACAAAUUCAGACUCAAGUGUUAUUAUUCAACCAGCGGUACCUUCACCAACAUCCAGCACUGUAAUAACCCAAGCGCCACCUUCUAACAGACCCAUAGUACCAGUUCCAGCACCUUUUCCUCUAUUGUUACAUCUACCUAAUGGACAAACCAUGCCUGUUGCUAUUCCUGCCUCAAUCACAAAUUCCAAUGUACACAUACCUGCUUCAGUCCCAAUUGUCCGACCCGUCACCGUGGUGCCUACGAUCCCAGGGAUUCCAGGCCCUCCAUCUCCACCACCUGUUCAGUCAGAGGCAAAACUGAGACUAAAAGCUGCCCUGACCCAGCAGCAUUCUCAGGUAACCAAUGGUGAAACCACCAAUGGACAGACGAGUGGAACUGCAAAGUCUCAGCCAGAGGAAGCUCAUCCACAGUCACUACAGCAACCUGCCACAUCAACUACUGAAACACCGGCAUCUCCCGCUCCCCCCGCACCACAACCUCAAAGCACAGGGGGGCGUCGGAGGAAAGCAGCAAGCGAUGACCCAGAUGAAAAGAGGAGGAAGUUUUUAGAACGGAACCGCGCUGCCGCUUCCAGGUGCAGGCAGAAGAGGAAAGUGUGGGUGCAAUCCUUGGAAAAGAAGGCAGAGGACCUGAGUUCAUUUAAUGUGCAGCUACAGAAUGAAGUCACCCUGCUGAGAAAUGAAGUGGCGCAGCUGAAACAGCUUCUUCUGGCUCAUAAAGAUUGCCCUGUAACCGCCAUGCAGAAGAAAUCUGGCUAUCAUAUAGAUCCAGAAAAAGACGAAAGCUCAGAAGACAUUUCAAUGCCUGGCAGCCCACAGACUGAAGCGAUCCAGCACAGUUCAAUCAGCACUUCCAAUGGUGUGAGCUCCACCUCCGUGGCAGAAGCAAUAGCGACAUCUGUUCUCACCCAGAUGGCAGAUCAGAGUACAGAACCAGCUGCCUCCCGCGUCAAUCUGGCUCCUCCUCCCGUGCAGCCUUCAGGAAGUUGAUUAGGAACACGCUCCACUCCAGGUUUUAGCAGAUGAUUGGCGAUUUCAGAGGGGAAAAGAGCAAAAGGCCAGUCUUGAGAGGUGAAAAUAAUGUAAAAACUCUCAUUUUAUGUUUUACGUUGUAGCCGCUAUGGAACAAGUCCUGCCCUUCUUCAGGAGCAAGUGUCUCUUCAUUUCCCUUUUUUAACGUUUUAAAGUUACUUUUUAGCUUCAAAUCAAUUAAUGUGACCCCUUUCUCUGUAAAAACCUACGUUAGGGGGUUAAAAAGAAAUUGUAACCCUAUUUUUGUGUAAACAAUACGGGGAUGAGAUCCGGGGGCAGAAACUAUGCUAAUGUCACCGUUAUACCAAAGUUGCAUAGUCCCGUUUGAUCUUGAUUGUUAAGGUCGUAAUGCACUAGGCGUGAGAAAGAAAGACAAAAUCGAUUUUGCUUUUAAUCUUUUGCCGUUUUUUUAUUUGCACAGCUGGAAAAGAGAAUAGUGGAGGAUAUUACUUAUACUUUUUUCAUUAUUUAUGUUUUUUUUUUUAUCUUUCUAAUUGCACAAAUUUUUAGUGGUUUGGACAUCAUCACAUUUGAAAUGUACAAAAUGAUUGCUCAUUAUUUGCAGACGUUGUAGUCUAAGUGCAAUAUUUCUUUAGUUGCCUUUUUUUUUUUGUCUUUUUGGCAAACAUACUGAAAAUAGUCAAAAGAAACUCACCCCAAUCCCAUAGAGUGCUAGUUUAUUAGAAACAAGCAGGAUAGUUUCAGGAACAACACCUCUGUAUGUGCUCCCCAAGCUGUUACUUACUGUAUUUGAAGGCCAGGAAGAGCCUAAAGACCUAUUUUCGACGACUUUACAACUUGCAUUUUUCAUUGUAUUUGCUGAGUUGUUCUUAACUCUUGUGUAAGCGCGAUCAUUAUCCUGUAACAGAAUUUUCAUACAUUUCUCGUGGAGAGACAAACCAUUAAGUUAUUGGGAUGGAGUUCUUUGGCAAUAUAUGUAGCAGGGUUAACACACAAACUCUUAACUCAUCGUGUUAUCUUGAAACAAAAGCCGUUGAAAACCAAUUGAAGGUGUUUGCUUAACGCAUUUAGUUUAGGUAACACGUCUCAUAAAGCAUGUGUGUUAACGCUACUAUAUCUGUACUCUAGCUUUCUAAUGUACUAUGUUGAAAAUUAGUCCCGUUACCUUGUGGCACUGAGGUCCUGGGUUCAAAUCUUACUAAGGUAAACAUCAGCAGGGAGUUUGAAUAUUUUUCUGUGUGUUUGCAUGGGUUUCUUUUGGAUUCUCUGAUUUCUUCCAGCACUCAUGAAGCAUGCUGAUAGAUUAUAGGGCAUCUGCCAGCAGAUUUGUACCUAUGAAACUGGCUGACCUGUUGCAUGUGCAGCUGAAGGCA